AUUGCAGCAGGAGCACCCUGUACAUGCUGCGCUACAUUGACUUUAUACAAGCUAAAUUAACAAAAUUCAUUCUGUAGAUCGCGUGUCCCCCAUACUUUUUAGAUACUAGCCAGCAUUCAGUUUAGUACUUUUCUUUGGUGGCUUGCCUCAGUCAAGGGAAAACGUUGGAAGCUAAAUUAGCAAGAUAGCUGGCUAGCCAACUGUUACUGUAUUUUGGCUUAAUUUACUGUAGCUAGCUAGGUAUCCAGUAAUGCAUGGCUACUACUGCAGACAGUGUGGGAGACCUUCAGGCUCAAAUCGAUGAAAUCGAGGCUCUCUCCUCGAUAUACGGCGACGAGUGGUGCGUGAUUGAUGAGGCGUCCAGAAUAUUUUGUAUCAAAAUCUCAGAUGACAUAGAGCAGCCAAAAUGGACCGUUUGUUUACAGAUUAUUCUUCCCUGUGAUUACCCGAGCGCGGCGCCCCCCAUCUACCAACUGAAUGCCACAUGGCUUCGGGGGCCCGACAGGACAAAGCUGUCCAACAGCUUGGAAGAGAUAUAUGUGCAGAACGUGGGGGAGAGCAUCCUUUACCUGUGGGUGGAGAGAGUGCGCGAGUUCCUGCUGGAGAAGUCCCAGUCCACCGACACAGCAGACGGCCCGGAGGCGAGGAAGAGGACGGAGGAGGUGGAGGAUGACGAUGGUGGCGGCGUCACCGCUGUGGGCGACCUCCCAGAUCUCCGCACUUUGAGGCUGAACGCAGACUCGGCGCAUCUCUUUACCGAGUUCCACGGAGAUGAGCAGCUGCCUCCAAUUAAGCACGGAGACACCAUCACGGACCGACGGAGCACCUUCCAGCCCCACCUGGCACCUGUGGUGACGUCCAGACAGGUCAAAAUGGUUCUGGACAAACUGUAUGAAAACAAGAAGAUUGCAAGUGCCACGCACAAUAUUUACGCCUACAGGUACGUCACAAGAAGACAGGGGAGGAGGGAAUUUGGGAAUAUUUAUAUCGCUCUCGUGGAUGUGUCUUUCUGCAGAAACAAACAUGUAGUUGUAACAGAUCCUCCUCCUUUGAAUCCCAGACGGUAAACGUCACGUGGAGACUGGAUCUCUAUUUCCAUCCACCACACAAAAUCCCCUCAUCAGAAUCCCCCUGUACCGCAACCCUGUGGUGCAGUCAUACAUUAGCUUAAACCGUGUUUAAUAUCGAUUUUCAGGAUUCGGAGAACACAGUGGAGCAGUUCCUGAUGCUUAAUCAUCUUUUUUCAGACAACGAAACAGCAGGACAGCCUUGAUACAAGUCUCUCAGUAAUAAUUUGAGAGGGGGGAAAAAAAAAUAAUUAGCCUACUCAUCGCUGUCGUAGAGAAAUGUCUGGACCCAGCUGUUCAGGAACAGAGUGAAGACUCCUGUUAAACAGCUAAGUGAUUGAAUUACAGAGGGCAGCCACGUUCCUUUGUUAGAGGGAAAUUAGAAUCGGUCUGCGCGGGCCUCCGGGGCCGCAGCUUGAGAUUUUUUAUUUUUCCCUAUCUCUCUCUCUCUCUGCCUCUCUCUCUCUUCCUCUCUCCAUCUUCCUCUCCCCGGUCGGUUUGUGUCUGUGCCUCCAGUCAGCCCUCUGAUAACUCCAACAAUGAUCGUACAGGCAGACAACACAGAGGAUAUUAGCAGACUUUAAAUUCAAAUUCAUUUCCCCUCUCUCUCUGUAAUAAAACAUGCACUUCAUUACAACUUUGGCGCACAGUU